AUGAGAAUUAUUAGUUGGAAUUGCCGGGGCGUGAGCAACCCGAGAGAAAUUCCUAACUUGAGGACGUUGGCUCAUAGGUACCAUCCCGAUGUUCUCUUCCUUACUGAGACUUUAGCAAACUCGCAGAAGAUGGAGCGUAUUCGUGUGUCGUUGAAGUUUGAUGCGUGUUUGGCAGUGGAUGUUAUGGGGAAAAGUGGUGGUAUCGUUGUUAUGUGGAAGAAUACUCAGAAGUGUAGCAUUAUGAAUUUCAGUAGAAACUUUAUGAAUCUUCAUGUUAAGGAUGAGGAGAAUGGCGAUUGGCGUCUUACGUGUUAUUAUGGGUACCCGGAAAGAUCGAGACGAAGACAGGCUUGGGCUAUGCUCCGAGAACUUCAUGUUAUGUCUCAUUUACCGUGGUGCCUCAUUGGGGAUUUUAAUGAUUUGUUAUCCCAAGCUGAUAAGCAAGGGAUUCACCCGCACCCGGACUGGUUGUGCAAUGGUUUUCAAGAGUUAGUGAGUGAGUGUGAUCUUACUGAUAUUCGCAUGGAGGGUUAUCCGUUCACGUGGACGAAGAGCCGAGGCACGCCGCAUAUGAUUGAGGAAAGGCUGGACAGAUCUCUAGCUAAUUCGUCUUGGCUUCAGCUGUUUCCUUUAGCAACAUUACUCAAUCUUAUAGCUUCCCAUUCUGAUCAUAGUCCGAUUUUCCUUUGCUGUAAGCCGGGGCAGCACAGGCGGAGUAGGAGGUCCUUUCGGUUCGAAAAUUGGUGGCUGGAGGAGGAAGGAGUGUCGGAGCGUUGGUCUAGGUUGCGGGCUAGACAGAAGCAUGAGGAUAGGGAGUUAAUUCGAGUCCAGUUGGAAACGUAUCGUGGAAUUGGUGAUCCGGUGAAUGUUGCCCGCUAUAUGGAAGCUCAUAAUGCGUAUAAUAAAAUUCUUAUCAGGGAAGACACCUAUUGGCGACAGAGAGCGAAGAUGCAUUGGCUUCGCAAUGAAGAUCUUAAUACUCAGUUCUUUCACCGGUCAGCUUCGGUGCGUCGAAACAACCAGAAAAUUAAAGUUCUUAUUGAUGAAUCUCAAUUUGAGGUUAGAAAUCAAGCUGGAUUGUGUGAGGUUGCUAGGCGUUCUGGUGCUGUUAUUUCUGAUGCUGAUAAUACUCUUCUUACUGCUCCUAUCUUAAAGGAGGAAUUGUUUGUAGCUUUAAGUCAGAUGCAUCCGGAUAAAUCUCCGGGUCCGGAUGGGUUUAAUCCUGCUUUCUAUCAAAAAUUUUGGAAUAUCUGUGGUGAGGAUAUUUUUGCGGAAGCGAAGGUUUGGCUAGAGCAAGGUUAUUUCCCGCCUUCUCUUAAUGAUACUAAUAUAUGUCUUAUUCCGAAGUGUGACAAUCCUAAUAGAAUGGGGGAUCUGCGGCCUAUAGCUUUAUGUAAUGUGGUUUAUAAAAUUCUCUCUAAACUCCUUGCUAAUAGAUUGAAGAAAUGCCUGGCCAAGUGUAUUGGGGAGGAACAAUCGGCGUUUGUGGAAGGCCGGUCGAUUAUUGAUAAUGCUAUGAUAGCUUUUGAAAUUAUUCAUAGUCUGAAGAGGAGGACGUCCGGACAUAACGCUCAGUUGGCACUGAAAAUUGAUAUCAGUAAGGCGUAUGAUAGGGUGGAUUGGGGUUUUCUGAGGGGGAUGUUGGAGCGGUUGGGGUUUUCGGAAAGAUGGGUGAACUGGAUGAUGAUGUGUGUUUCCUCGGUGCAUUAUUCUGUUCUUGUGAACGCGGAUACUGUUGGUCCUAUUCAGCUAGGAAGAGGUUUGAGACAGGGGGACCCUCUAUCUCCCUAUCUCUUCAUUCUCGUUACGGAAGGUCUUUCAGCUCUUAUCAAUAGAGAGGUGGCACGUGGGAAUCUCCACGGGAUUCAGAUUUGUAGAGGGGCACCUAGGAUAAUCUUCCCGAAGAAUCUUAGCAGGCCGGCUCAGGAGGAUUUGGCUAGAAUCAUGGGGGUGCGUCAUGUUAUGGGUACUAGUACCUAUUUGGGCCUCCCGUCUGCUAUUGGUCGAAGUAAGAAAGCUACUUUUGGUUAUGUGAAGGAUAGAAUUUGGAAAAAGAUUAAUUCUUGGAGAGGAAGGCCUCUUUCUCGGGCUGAUAUGGAGAAGAUGCUUAAUUCUUUUUGGUGGGGUGGUGGAACCAAUCAUAAUUGUAUUCGUUGGAUGGCUUGGGAUAAACUUACAGGUACAAAGAACGAAGGGGGUCUUGAAUUCCGGGAUCUUAAAUCUUUUAACUUGGCUAUGGUGGCGAAAAGGGGCUGGCUCCUGUUAUCCAAGCCUAACUCGUUGGUUUCCAGAAUUUUCAAAGCUAGGUAUUUCCCUAAUUCGUCGUUCUUUGAGGCAAAUUUGGGUAACAAUCCCAGCUUUGUGUGGCGCAGUGUUUGGCAAGCAAGGCCUCUUUUGUCUCUGGGGUGUAGAUGGAGUAUUGGGGAUGGUAAGAACAUUCCUUUGAUGGGUUCUCCUUGGAUUAGGGGUAUCAAGGAGGGUAUGCUGUAUGGACCGCAAAGUUAUGGUGUGUAUGACAUGUCUGUUCAUGAUCUUCUAUCGCCAUAUGGCAAAUUCUGGAAUGCUGGGUUAAUCAGUGAGAUGUUUGGGUCUGAAGAGGCAAAGAUUAUUCUUCAAGUUCCCUUAGUUGAGGAGGUGCAGGAAGAUAGGUGGUUUUGGGGAGAGGAGCAAAAUGGGGAGUAUAGUGUGAGGACGGGAUAUAGGGUGUGGAGGAAGGAGUCCUCUCGGUUGGUGGGUGCAGGUGCUACUGGGAAUUGGUGUAGCCUUUGGAACAUUAAAGCCCCUCCUAGGGCGAAGCAUUUACUUUGGAGAAUUUGCCGGGAUUGUCUUCCGACGAGAGUGAGGCUGCGCCAGCAUCAUGUGUCUUGCCCCGAUAUUUGUCCGUUUUGUGAGAAUGCUAGGGAGGAUUCGUGGCAUGUCUUUUUUGGGUGCUCGGUUACUAAUGGGUGUUGGCGGGCAGCAGGUUUGUCUCAUAUUAUUGAUUCCCGUAUCCUUUCUUCUCAUGACAUUACCUCCAUUCUUCUUGAUAUUUGUAGUAAGGAGGACAAGUUGAGCGCGGGUAGAGUUGCGGUUAUGAUUGAUUUGUUGUGGAAGAACCGUAAUAAUCUUAUUUGGAAUAAUGAGUGUGAUGUUUUUUCCAAGCUUGGUUUGAAUGCUUUUUGUAGUUGGAGUGAGUGGUUUUCGGCGCAAGUAAAUCUUGGUCCUUCUAAUAAUAUGCCUCCGAUUCAGUCUUGGUGCCCGCCGGCUGAAGGGAGAAUAAAAUGUAAUGUUGAUGCCGGCUUUAAUACUAGACGGGGUACCACCAACAGGGGAUGGUGUAUGCGAGAUCACUUAGGGAGGUUUAUUAUUGCGGGAGCAGCUUGGGAUUUUUGCAUUUAUCCAAUUAUUGAAGCCGAAGCCCUGACCCUUAAAGAAGUUAUCCAUAGUGCCAUUGGCUUAAACUUGACGAAUGUGAUUUUUGAAAGCGACUCACAAAGAAUGGUUCAAGCUAUCUUGGUAAACCAACAAGGUUGUUCGGAUUUUUGUUCUAUUAUUUCUUCCAUUAAUAGUUUGCUGUUUAAUUUUCCCAACUUUGAGGUAAAGUUUGUAAAACGCCAAGCGAAUUCGGCGGCUAACGCACUAGUUAAGGCGGCCGAUUCUUGGACUAGGCGUAGUAUCUUUAAUUUGAUUCCUUCUUGUAUUGAACACAUUUUGAUUAAUGAUAUGAGUUGA